AUGACGAUUCUUGACAUUAAAGAAACCUUAUUGAAUUACUGUCGAACAAACCGCCAUCUAGAUUUACCUCCGAAUGAAUUAUCUGACUUAUACCGGAUUUGUUCAUAUUUUGUGUCCAGUUCCAAGCAGUAUGAAAAAUUAGAUAAAAUUGACAAGAACAGCCUUUUGGCUUUGUUGUUACAGGUUCAGCUAUUGACCUGUCAUGACAUAGAGGCCAAGACAACAUUAGAGCGUUUAGCGGAUUUGGUAAAUGAUGCUGAUCUCGUCAAUGGAGAAUCGCAGUGGCUCAUAAAUUGGAGAAGCAUCUAUCUUCAGUGUCAGAUAAAGGCUAAAAAAAGUGAAGAGGGUGAACAAGAAAUUAAAAUGCGGCAUGUGUUCUAUUACUUAAGCACCGCUUCAGAGAAAUUGUUGAAGUCUGUGAACAGAAAGGUAGCAUCUUCAUUAGGGGGUGCAGGAGACCCAGAAAAACUUAAGCAUCAAGAAGAUUUAUACGUUUUGAGAAAAAGGCGGGCCUCUCUAUAUGCUUGUAGUAUGGAUACGCGCAAAGAGUACGUUCAGAAGCUACAAGAACUUGUUGAUCAAAGACCUUUAGAUUAUGAAGUGUGGUGCGAAUUGGCAGAAGUAUAUAUAGAAAAUGGUGAAUUACAGAAGGCGCAUUGCUGUUAUCAGGAGGUCCUAACGGGUAUCCCACUUGCAUAUAACAUUUGGGCUCGACUGGGUGAAAUAUCUCUACUUUCGGGAAAACUAUCAGCAAAGAAAGCAUCCUCGAAAAAGAAGAUGGGAAAUGAAGUUGUCACUUCUUUGAAAGAUGCUGUGAUGUACUUCUCACGAUCCGUGGAAUUAUGCGAUCUUUAUCCUCGAGGAUGGUGUGGCUUGUAUGUGUCCUUAACGAGGUUGGGCAGUUUAGAUAUUGAAGCUUCGAAAACUUCAAGCAAGCUCUUGGUUUUGGCAAAGAAAAAACUCAACGAAAUGGUGGAGGCAAAAAUUGUCAACACAUCCGAGAUCGAAAGCAUCAAAUGGAUUCUUAAAAGCAUUAAUUAG